UGCCGCCGCGGUUGUGCAUCUCGUGUUGUGACUGUGCCUGUCAUGCAUUGUCAUGGGGCGGCGCAGCUCUGUGCCUUGUCAGCGGUGCUCAGACUGGUGAUGUGACUCACCUUGGCAUGCUUAAAGAAUCUGAUGGCCCUCGGGUGAUAUCCUCCGUCUUUACGUGCUUUGCUGCACCCUCCACAGAAAGCUUCCCACAGGCCAUAGGAUGGCCGGUCAAGCACGUUCUAUUGUCGGCCCCAGCGUAUGAUGGAAAGAGUGUAGGAGCCCCAUAGUGGGACUCGGACGCCUGUGGGGGAGCAUAAAAGGCCGCUGGCAGCUGGACAGAUCCUCAGAGCCAGGUCACCCAGGUUCCUUCGUUCAUCGAGUCUUCGCCAUGUUCUCCAGCGCACAGCUCAUUGUCCUCGCCACCUUCGCGGCCGUCUCUGCGGUUCGUGCUCAGACCUUGCCGGCCAACUGUGCUCGCAACUACACCGUGCAAGCUGGUGACACCUGCAACACUAUCGAGGCUGCUCAGCACGUCUCUACGUUCCAGCUGACGCACGUCAACACGGAUAUUGAUGCGGCAUGCGACAAUCUUUUCGUGGGCGAGGCUCUCUGCUUGGGCAUCACCGGACAGGACUGCACGAGCGUUCACGUCGUUGCGAACGGCGACACCUGCACUAUAAUCUCUAAUGAGGCCGACAUAACUACCACCACACUCCUCGCCAACAACCCUAACGUGAACAGCGGCUGCAGCAACCUUUUGGUCGGAGAGGUUUUGUGCACGGAUAGCCAGAUCAUCAACUACACCUAAGCGUAGGCUAUGCGGUCCCCGUAUAG